AUGUCUGGUCAAAUGCAAACAGAACUGGGAUCACCUGUUCCAUCAGGAUUAUCUCCAUUUAUGCAGACCGAGUAUCAACAACAAAGCCAGCCUUGGGUAUCAAAACAAAUACAUGAAGCGGCAAAAUCAGAAACUGAUUCAAUUCCCAAGCCCCCUCCUCCAAUAGUUGGCAAAGUAACCCACCAGUCUAUUGAGCUAUACUGGGACGAGGCCCUCGUUCAUGCCUACAGUGUAGGUGACAAGGCCAAUGGCAAGAUCAAGUCAUUUUUACAGGAGAAAGACCGUGGUGGACAGUGGUGUGGUGCCUACACUGGCUAUGGGAAGAAACAUGUUGUCCAAGGAUUGGAGCCACUCCGACAGUAUACCUAUCGACUACGCUUCGCCAAUGAUGCGGAGAAGGGAGAAUGGAGCCAGCAUGUCACUGUCACAACAACAAGGCUUAUUGCUCUGAGUUUAGUAAGAGGUAAUGUGAUGGUUCCAGGGCUUAUUGCUCUGAGUUUGAGUCAGAGGGAGGUGAAUAUUGAUACUCCAGACAAUUUAGGUUUCUCAGCACUGAUGCAAGCUUCCAGGAAAGGUGAUGCAGAAAUGACAGAAUUGCUGCUUAAAUUUGGUGCAGAUGUAAAUUUAAAGAAUGAUUCCGGUAAAACAGCGUUGAUGCUUGCAAGCUUUGCUGGUCAGAAGGAUACUGUAAAACUCCUUCGUCAAUAUGGUGCCAGAUAUGACGACUUUGACAACGGUGGGUCGACAGCCAUUCAUUGGGCAGUGGAUGGAGCCCAUCCCUCCCUCAUAGACUGGAUGAUCUCGGAUGGCGCUGAUCCAAAUAUCUGUGACAAACACUCAGGCUGGACACCUUUAUUGCGUUGUGCGUCCGUGUCGGGUAACUACCAAGUGGCAUCUUGUCUUCUGCGUGAGGGUGCCAACAUCAACUGCCAGGACAUUGAUGGCAAAACACCAAUCAUGAUCUCCAUCAUUAAUAAGAACGACCAGCUAUUGGAUCUCCUUCUCAAGAGAAACGCUGAUUGUACCAUUACAAAUAAGUACGGGAAGAAUGUGUAUGAUAUGGCGCUAGCCAUGGAGAAGAGGAGCAUCAUUGCCCGGCUGGAUAAGCAUAUAGAAGAAAAAGGGAUCAAAGGUGUGAAACGUGUAUAA